AGUUCGUCCGGGGAGCUAACAGAGCGGCACAGCGUGUAAUAACCGUCCGGGGGAGACACGGUGACCCUGGCGGAAAUAAACCGGGCUCGGCCUGCCGAGGGGUCCUGUGAGGACCUACAACUCUUCCCGACAAGCUGUGCUUAGAGAAAACCGACGGCAGUAUAAGAGGCGUUACAUAAAAAGGCAUCUGGCCGAGGCCAACGGACGCCAAAUUCGCUGAGCACGUCAUCCAGAGAGGGCGAGAGGCCCUAUGAGCCGCUCCACGUACAGGCCACAGCCACCCGAGCACUCCCGGUGAAUCUGCGUUUCCCCCUUUUUCCCCGUAAAGUAGUCCGCGGAGGGAUCCCGGCUAGGCCGCAGUUAUGGGGAGAAUAAAGUAAGCCCAGCAGCGGAAGGAUCCGGAGCGGUAAAAUAGUGCGCGGAGGGAUCUGAGGCCGCGCGUCCUCAGCUGAUCGGUGAGAAGGAAAACCGAAGAGGAAGCGGAGAGACCGGGGGGAGUGCGGCGGACAGAGUGAAUGGUAGUGUCUAGAAAGGGUAUGUCCCUUCAGGUGAAAGGUGCCAAUGUCCAGCCGGCCUAAUAACAAUCCAGGGGGGUCACUGCGACGUUCACAGAGGAACACUGCCGGGGCCCAGCCGCAAGAGGACACUGCAGGAGGAAGCAACAGGUCCCAGUUAGAGCAGGCAGACCAUAAGACCUUUAGCCUUCCUGAGAACAGAAAGAUUCUUUCUAAGGCCCCCAAAGUGCAGACUAAUACAGUUUCUGGCCAGUCCAGGGGAUACAGCUCUAAAAGGGGCUGUAGCUCAUCUCUUUCAAUAUCACAACCAGAGGACCCAGAACAAAACAGCUCAGAAAGUCACAAGCCUAAAAAAGAUUCUUCCCGUGGACUAAAACGUAGUGCCAGUCCUGAGUACAGCCGGACCAACUCAACUGGCUCUGCUAAAAAACCCAAAGCACUUCAGCACGCUGAACCCUCCAUUGGGACGAGGCGACCAAAUAAUAAACCGAAGAAGAGACAGUUUGACCAGGAGCAUUCAGCUCCAACCACAUCAUUGCCAUCCACAAGCAAAGCACACAACAGGAAGGGUGGAGUCCCCGGAUCAUCCCCGCUGCACAAAAGAAAAAGGACAGAUAACUCCUCCUGUGUGAAGAGCAGCAGUGCAGCCAUAGUAGCGACUGGUGCCGAAGACAGACCUCCUAAACCCACCAAGCUGGCUUCAAAAUCGGCCACCUCAGCCAAAGCUGGGUGUAGCACCAUUACUGAUUCCUCAUCUUCUGCCUCCACCUCUUCUUCCUCCUCUUCAGCAGUCGCCUCUGUCUCUUCUGCUGCACCUCCUGGAGCUCGCGUAAAACAGGGGAAAGACCAGAACAAGGCAAGGCGUUCCCGUUCUGCCUCAAGUCCCAGCCCUCGCAGGAGCAGCCGGGAAAAGGAACAGUCCAAAGCUAGCAGCUCCUCCAAGUUUGAUUGGGCAGCUCGUUUUAGCCCAAAAGUCAGCCUUUCCAAAACAAAACUUUCCCUCCCGGGAUCUUCCAAGGCUGAGACGUCAAAACCUGGACCCUCAGGAUUACAAGCAAAAUUAGCAAACUUAAGGAAAUCCACUAAGAAGCGCAGUGACUCGCCGCCUGCUGAGCUCCCCAGUCUGCGGCGGAGCACACGACAAAAGACCACGGGCUCCUGUGCUAGCACCAGUCGGCGAGGCUCUGGCCCGACCAAGCGAGCUGCAGCUGAAGCUCGCCGACAGGAGAAGAUGGCUGAUCCUGAUAACCAAGAGGGUGCCAAUUCUUCGGCUGCACGUACAGAUGAUACCACCCAGGGAGCUGCAGGAGCAACAGGCGAAAGGUCUUCAUCUCUUCUCUCCCCUCCAGCCUCUAGCUCUGUAGCUGGUGCUGUGGGGAUGACUACAUCUGGAGAAAGUGAGAGCGAUGACUCUGAAAUGGGGCGGCUACAAGCACUUCUUGAGGCACGUGGCCUCCCCCCUCAUUUGUUUGGCCCCCUUGGACCUCGCAUGUCUCAGCUCUUCCAUCGGACAAUUGGAAGUGGUGCAAGCUCCAAGGCUCAACAACUGCUACAGGGUCUUCAAGCCACAGAUGAGAGCCAGCAGCUUCAAGCAGUCAUUGAGAUGUGCCAACUGCUGGUGAUGGGAAAUGAAGAGACUCUUGGAGGGUUCCCAGUAAAGAAUGUAGUGCCCGCACUGAUCACUUUGCUGCAGAUGGAGCACAACUUUGACAUUAUGAACCAUGCAUGUCGAGCCUUAACCUAUAUGAUGGAGGCACUGCCAAGGUCCUCUGCUGUGGUGGUUGAUGCGAUCCCUGUGUUCCUAGAGAAGUUGCAGGUGAUUCAGUGUAUAGAUGUGGCAGAACAGGCGCUCACUGCUCUGGAAAUGUUAUCCCGCAGGCACAGUAAAGCCAUCCUACAAGCUGGAGGACUUGCUGAUUGCCUCCUGUAUCUAGAGUUCUUCAGCAUCAAUGCUCAGAGGAAUGCUUUAGCCAUAGCAGCCAACUGCUGCCAGAGCAUCAGUCCAGAUGAGUUCCACUUUGUUGCUGACUCUUUGCCACUGCUCACACAGCGAUUGACCCAUCAGGAUAAGAAAUCUGUGGAAAGCACUUGCCUAUGUUUUGCUCGUCUGGUAGAUAACUUCCAGCAUGAAGAGAAUCUGCUCCAACAAGUGGCUUCCAGAGAUCUGCUCACCAACAUCCAGCAGCUUCUAGUGGUAACACCUCCGAUCCUGAGCUCGGGCAUGUUCAUCAUGGUGGUCCGAAUGUUCUCUUUGAUGUGUUCCAACUGCCCCACGCUGGCCGUGCAGCUUAUGAAGCAGAAUAUAGCAGAAACUCUGCACUUCCUUUUAUGCGGGGCCUCAAAUGGUAGUUGCCUGGAGCAAAUUGACCUGGUCCCCCGCAGCCCCCAGGAGCUGUAUGAACUUACCUCCCUCAUAUGUGAGUUGAUGCCAUGCUUACCGAAGGAAGGAAUAUUUGCAGUUGACACAAUGUUAAAGAAAGGAAGUGCCCAAAAUACAGAUGGAGCGAUUUGGCAGUGGAGGGAUGACCGCGGUCUCUGGCACCCAUACAGCCGAAUUGAUAGUCGCAUCAUUGAGGCAGCCCAUCAGGUUGGUGAGGAUGAGAUAAGUUUGUCUACACUGGGGCGUGUUUAUACUAUUGAUUUUAAUUCUAUGCAGCAAAUCAACGAGGAUACCGGAACAGCACGCGCCAUUCAGAGAAAACCUAACCCCCUAGCCAAUGCAAACACUAUGGGCUUUCCUGACGGAGUAGCUUUGCUUCCAGGUGGACAUUCUGAGCUAAAAAGAGAUGACGCCAGAGCGCAGCUGAUGAAAGAAGACCCAGAGCUGGCCAAAUCUUUUAUUAAGACCUUGUUUGGAGUGCUUUAUGAAGUGUACAGCUCCUCUGCGGGGCCUGCUGUCAGACACAAGUGCCUUAGAGCAAUCCUUAGGAUCAUUUAUUUUGCUGAUGCUGAACUCCUAAAAGAUGUUUUAAAGAACCAUGCUGUGUCCAGUCAUAUUGCUUCUAUGUUGUCAAGCCAAGACCUCAAAAUUGUGGUUGGAGCUCUUCAGAUGGCAGAGAUAUUAAUGCAGAAAUUGCCAGACAUAUUCAGUGUGUUUUUCAGGAGAGAAGGUGUGAUGCACCAAGUGAAGAAUUUGGCUGAAUCUGAGACGCUGUUAACAAGCCCUCCAAAGGUCUGCACCAAUGGCUCUGGCUCUCUAGCCAGUGCCGCAACCAUCAAUACUGGAACUAGCAGUGCAGCUGGGAAUGCAGCUGCUGACCUUGGUUCACCCAGCCUCCAGCACCGAGAUGACUCGCUAGACCUCAGCCCACAAGGGCGACUUAGUGACGUCUUAAAAAGAAAAAGACUGCCUAAACGUGGGCCAAGGAGGCCCAAGUACUCCCCUCCUCGAGAUGAAGAUAAAGCUGACAAUCAAGCAAAAAGCCCAACAGCCACACAGUCUCCAAAAUCCUCAUUUUUGGCCAGCUUAAACCCUAAAACCUGGGGCAGGUUGAGCACACAGUCAAAUAGCAACAAUAUUGAGCCAGCGAGAACAGCCGGUGUAAGCGGGUUGGCAAGGACGGCUUCCAAAGACACCAUCUCAAAUAACAGAGAGAGAAUACGUGGCUGGAUAAAGGAGCAGGCGCAUAAGUUUGUGGAAAGAUAUUUUAGUUCUGAGAAUAUGGAUGGCAGCAACCCUGCACUUAAUGUACUACAGAGACUUUGCAACGCCACAGAACAGCUCAAUCUUCAGGUGGAUGGUGGUGUUGAGUGCCUUGUAGAAAUCCGUAGCAUAGUCUCCGAGUCUGAUGUUUCCUCAUUUGAAAUCCAGCACAGUGGGUUUGUGAAACAGCUACUCUUGUAUCUGACAUCCAAAAGUGAAAAGGAUAUUGUAAGCAGAGAUAUCCGGCUGAAGAGGUUCCUUCACGUCUUUUUUGGUUCCCCACUUCCUGGAGAAGAACCAAUUGGAAGAGUAGAUCCAACAGAAAGUGGCCAUUUGCUUGCACUAGUGCACAAGAUGAACAACUGCCUCAGUCAGAUGGAGCAAUUCCCAGUCAAAGUGCAUGAUUUUCCCAGUGGAAAUGGGACAGGGAGCAGGGGGUCGCAGGCUCUGAAGUUUUUCAAUACACAUCAGCUGAAGUGUCAGCUUCAGAGACAUCCUGACUGUACCAAUGUAAAGCAAUGGAAAGGUGGACCUGUAAAAAUUGACCCUCUGGCUCUUGUGCAAGCAAUUGAAAGAUAUCUUGUGGUCAGAGGCUAUGGCAGAGUGAGGGAAGAUGAUGAGGACAGUGAUGACGAUGGCUCAGAUGAAGAGAUCGAUGAGUCCUUGGCGGCUCAGUUCUUAAAUUCAGGAAAUGUAAGGCACAGACUCCAGUUUUAUAUUGGAGAUCACCCACUGCCUUACAACAUGACUGUUUACCAAGCUGUGAGACAGUAUAGCAUUCAGACUGAAGAGGAGAGGGAAUCGACAGAUGAUGAAAGUAAUCCAUUAGGAAGAGCUGGCAUCUGGACCAAGACGCACACCAUUUGGUACAAACCAGUAAGGGAGGAGGAAGAGAGCACAAAAGACACCGUAGGGGGCAAAAGGGGUCGUGCCCAAACUGCACCAACCAAAACAUCCCCUAGGAAUUCAAAGAAACAUGAUGAAUUGUGGCAUGAUGGAAUUUGUCCAAAAGUGUCUAACCCUUUAGAUAAUUACCUCAUACCUACCCCUCCUGAAAAUAUCACCUUUGAUGACCCAUCCCUUGAUGUGGUGAUCCUUCUGCGAGUUCUACAUGCCAUUAGCCGAUACUGGUAUUAUUUGUAUGAUAAUGCACUUUGUAAAGAGAUAAUCCCCACAGCCGAGUUUAUCAAUAGUAAACUGACUGCAAAAGCGAACAGGCAGCUUCAGGAUCCGCUGGUCAUCAUGACGGGAAACAUUCCCACCUGGUUAACAGAGCUGGGGAAAAGUUGUCCGUUUUUCUUUCCAUUCGAUACGAGGCAAAUGUUGUUCUACGUGACUGCAUUUGACAGAGAUCGGGCAAUGCAGAGGCUGCUGGACACCAACCCUGAGAUAAACCAAUCGGAUUCUCAGGAUAGCAGAGUGGCCCCAAGACUGGACAGAAAAAAACGCACUGUGAAUAGAGAUGAGCUCCUGAAGCAGGCAGAAUCUGUUAUGCAAGAUUUGGGUAGCUCACGAGCCAUGCUGGAGAUUCAGUAUGAGAAUGAAGUUGGGACUGGACUGGGACCCACUUUGGAGUUUUAUGCACUUGUAUCUCAGGAAUUACAAAGAGCUGACCUCGGCCUAUGGAGAGGAGAAGAGGUUACACUUCCUAAUCCUAAAGGAAGCCAAGACGGGACCAAGUACAUUCACAACAUGCAGGGUCUGUUUGCUCUUCCCUUUGGUCGGACAGCUAAGCCAGCACAUAUCGCCAAGGUGAAAAUGAAGUUCCGGUUUCUUGGCAAAUUAAUGGCUAAAGCCAUCAUGGACUUCAGACUGGUGGACAUUCCUCUUGGACUCCCAUUCUAUAAGUGGAUGUUACGGCAGGAAUCUUCAUUGGCCUCCCAUGAUUUGUCACACGUGGAUCCAAUUGUGGCAAAAUCUGUUUACCACCUGGAAGAAAUAGUGAGACAAAAGAAGAGACUGGAACUAGACAAGUCACAGACCAAAGAGAGUCUGCAGUUUGCACUAGAAAAUUUGAACAUGAAUGGCUGCUCUGUGGAAGAUCUGGGACUGGAUUUUACACUGCCAGGCUUUCCCAAUAUUGAACUGAAGAAAGGAGGAAAAGACAUACCUGUUACAAUUCACAACCUGGAUGAGUAUGUACGGCUCGUUAUUUAUUGGGCACUGAAUGAAGGAGUUUCCAGACAGUUUGACUCGUUCAGAGAUGGUUUUGAAUCAGUCUUCCCACUUAACCACCUGCAGUAUUUUUACCCAGAGGAGUUGGAUCAGCUGUUAUGUGGAAGCAAGUCUGAUCCUUGGGAUGUUAAAACUCUGAUGGAGUGCUGUAGGCCAGACCAUGGAUAUACACACGACAGUCGAGCUGUGAAAUGCCUGUUUGAAAUUCUCAGUAGUUUUGAUAAGGAGCAACAGAGGUUAUUUCUGCAGUUUGUCACAGGGAGUCCAAGACUGCCAGUUGGAGGCUUCCGGGCCUUGAACCCUCCUCUCACCAUAGUCCGCAAGACCUUCGAAUCUACCGAAAACCCUGACGAUUUCCUGCCCUCUGUUAUGACCUGCGUCAACUACCUUAAGUUGCCAGACUAUUCUAGCAUUGAUAUUAUGCGCGAGAAACUGUUAAUCGCUGCACGUGAAGGGCAACAGUCAUUCCACCUUUCCUGAUCCACGAACUUACUUACCAUGGAGCCCACUACAAAGGAAAACACAUCAUGAGUACUUUUUCUGAAAGUAUCAGAGUCAAGGCGGCAAAGCCCUCCUUGUUGUAGAGAAAACUGAUGCAGAUUAUUACAAGCUCAUCCAAAAAUUACAAAAAAAAUAUAUAAAAAAAAGACAAAAGAUGUGCUAGCUCCAUUAAAUUACCCCUGGACGCCUCAACUGAUCAGGCUUGAAAAUCCAUGACAUGUUUGUUUAGAAAGUUUUUCUUCUGCUUAAAUUAUCCUUUAUUUCAAGAGUGAAGUUUUUAAAUUGCUUUGCCGUGUGACUUUAAAAGAGGAGGGAUGUUAAAAACAAUAUCCAAAAAAAGGAAGGGAUGUUUUUGAAGCUGGAAAAAAAUAAAUAUUGCUGUGCAGUUUAAAAAUCCCCGUCUGGUUGUAUCCAUCAAGCUAAAUACACAAGAUCCCACCCUCCACCAGUUGUACCCAUUGCAAUGCAGAUUCUGCCUACAAGUACAUGGGGGGGGGGGGAAAAACGCAAAGCCUGUUCUUUAAAGAAAAAAAAAAUUAUAGUUAUUUAGUUGAGUGUUUUUCUCACUUGACGUAGCUUCCCUGAUAACUUUUUAUGUGCAAUUUUGUUUCCUGCGUGUGCAGAUUUGAUGGCGAGAAGCCUCACUGUUAGUUUUCAUGAAGCCCCGCCUCUAAAGAAUAGUUGGAGACUUGAGGUGGUGGUUAGCUGGCGCUCUCCAGAAGUACAUGGUGCUGCUGGUCAGUGUGGCAGCAGAGAGUCCAUGGUUUAUACUGGCCUUUUUACAGGAUCCAUUAAACUGUUUACACAGUAUAUACAGAACUGAGUUUUUUUUUUUUUUUUUCUUUGAUUUGCUUAAAAUGUAAAACUUAAAGGAAACGUGGCUGGCCUGUAUUUAUUGUAAUACAGCCAUAGCAUUUCAAUUUAAUGUACAUUUUAAAAAAAUAUAUAAAAAAAUACAGUUAAAUGCCCUGUUUGAUUUUCUUUCCUCUUCAGAUUAUUAUUAUUAUAUUUUUUUUUAAGAUUUUUUUUUUUUCUGGUUCUUCGGGAAGGGGGGGGGGGGGGGAUGGAAAAUAUUUUGACACAAAUGAAAGCAAAUGUUCUCAAUGUCCUGUUCUAUGUGCUGAUUUCUCAGAUCUGCAAUAAUCUUCAUCAGGUUCAUGUUUUUACCUGAAUAUAAAUAAAGCAGAAAAAAGUUUGCUUCA